GGUUAACCUGUUUGACACUUCCGGAUGACACGAUGGCAAUGCCACAAGUGCACAAUAUUAUUCAUUAAAAAUCAAGAAUAUUAAUUGUAAUAAAGAAAUUACGUUAAUUUUAAAUUAUUAUUUAGAUUUAUUAAGUGAUAAAGAAUUUAUGAAUUUUUAUUGAACACAUUGUGAGUGAAUUGUGGAAUAAUGUUGACGAAAUUCGAAACAAAAUCUGCUCGAGUUAAAGGACUCUCCUUUCAUCCAAAACGCCCAUGGAUACUUGCAAGUUUGCACAAUGGAGUCAUUCAAUUAUGGGAUUAUCGAAUGUGUACUCUUUUGGAUAAAUUUGACGAGCACGAUGGUCCGGUACGUGGUAUUUGUUUUCAUAAUCAACAACCAUUGUUUGUCUCAGGAGGAGAUGAUUAUAAAAUUAAAGUUUGGAAUUAUAAACAACGUCGAUGUAUAUUCACACUUCUUGGACAUUUGGACUAUAUUCGAACAACAGCAUUUCAUCAUGAAUAUCCAUGGAUACUUAGUGCCUCGGACGAUCAGACAAUUCGCAUUUGGAAUUGGCAAAGUCGAACCUGUAUUUGUGUUUUAACUGGACACAAUCAUUAUGUGAUGUAUGCACAAUUUCAUCCAUCGGAGGAUUUAAUUGUUUCUGCCUCACUCGAUCAAACUGUACGCGUUUGGGAUAUUUCUGGUUUAAGAAAAAAAAAUGUUGCACCAGGUCCUGGUGGUCUUGAGGAUCAUUUAAAAAAUCCAGGCGCUACCGAUUUAUUUGGACAGGCUGAUGCACUCGUUAAACAUGUUUUAGAGGGACACGAUCGCGGUGUUAAUUGGGCGAGUUUUCAUCCAACUUUACCAUUAAUUGUCUCAGGCGCUGACGAUAGACAAAUAAAAAUAUGGCGAAUGAAUGAUUUAAAAGCAUGGGAAGUUGAUGUUUGUCGGGGACAUUAUAAUAAUGUUUCUUGUGUUUUAUUUCAUCCACGACAGGAUAUUAUAUUGUCAAAUUCAGAGGAUAAAAGUAUUCGUGUAUGGGAUAUGACGAAACGUACUUGUUUACAUACAUUUAGAAGGGAACAUGAGAGAUUUUGGGUAUUGGCAGCGCAUCCAACAUUAAAUUUAUUUGCAGCUGGACAUGAUUCAGGAAUGAUUAUAUUUAAAUUGGAACGUGAACGACCAGCGUAUGCUGUUUCGGGAAAUAUUCUUUUCUAUGUUAAGGAACGUUUUUUGCGUAAAUUGGAUUUUACAACUUCAAAAGAUGUAUCGGUGAUGCAAUUACGUACUGGUGUGAAAAUUGCACCCUACAGUAUGUCAUAUAAUCAAGCGGAGAAUGCAGUUCUUAUUUGUACGAGAAAUCCAUCGAAUAUUGAUAAUAGUAGUUAUGAUCUUUACGUUAUUCCAAGGGAUGGUGAUUCAAAUACCGAUGCAGAUGCUAAGAGAGCUGGUGGAAUUACUGCGAUUUGGGUUGCACGUAAUCGUUUCGCAGUUUUGGAUCGUGCCUAUUCGUUGUUGAUAAAAAAUUUGAAAAAUGAAGUCACGAAGAAAGUACAAGUUCCAAAUUGUGAUGAAAUCUUUUACGCUGGUACGGGAAUGUUAUUGUUGCGCGAUGCUGAUCAGGUGAUUUUAUUUGAUGUUCAACAAAAGAGAACGCUCGCUGAGGUGAAGAUAUCAAAAUGUCGUUAUGUUGUUUGGUCAGGAGAUAUGUCAUACGUUGCACUACUUGCUAAACAUACGGUGAAUAUUUGCAAUCGUCGUCUUGAAUCAUUGUGUUCGAUUCAUGAGAAUACGAGAGUAAAAUCAGGUGCUUGGGAUGAAUCCGGUGUAUUUAUUUAUACGACAAGUAAUCAUAUUAAAUAUGCAAUUAAUAAUGGUGAUCAUGGAAUAAUAAGAACUCUUGAUUUACCGAUUUAUGUGACAAAAGUCAAGGGCAAUCAAGUCUAUUGUCUUGAUCGUGAAUGUCGACCAAGAAUAUUGAGGAUAGAUCCAACGGAAUAUAAAUUUAAAUUAGCGCUUAUAAAUCGUAAAUAUGAGGAGGUAUUGCAUAUGGUGCGUACUGCAAAUUUAGUUGGUCAAUCGAUAAUUGCUUAUUUACAACAAAAAGGUUAUCCCGAAGUUGCAUUACAUUUUGUCAAAGAUGAGAAAACAAGAUUUGGUCUUGCACUUGAAUGUGGAAAUAUUGAAGUUGCACUUGAAGCAGCAAGAUCGUUGGAUGAAAAAACAUGUUGGGAGAAUUUAGCAAACGCAGCACUUUUACAGGGUAAUCAUCAAGUUGUUGAAAUGUGUUAUCAAAGAACAAAGAAUUUUGAGAAACUCGCUUUUCUUUAUCUUAUUACGGGAAAUUUGGAUAAAUUGAAGAAAAUGACAAAAAUUGCCGAAAUAAGAAAAGAUGUGUCUGGACAGUAUCAAGGAAGCCUUCUAUUGGGUGAUAUCUAUGAACGUGUGAAAAUUCUCAAGAAUUCUGGUCAAUCGUCGUUGGCGUAUGUCACGGAGAAGAUUCACGGUAUUUCAAAUGAGGAAGACGAUGCUGUUUAUGAAUCAAUGAAGGAGGAACUUUCAGAAUUGGAAGGAGGGGCAAUUUAUCUGUGUCCACCGGUUCCGGUCCAGCAGGUGGAGAAUAAUUGGCCGCUAUUGACAGUGUCUAAAGGAUUCUUUGAGGGUGCAAUGAUGACACGUGGUAAGAGUCAAGUUUCAGCGGCAUUGGCCCUUGAGGAAGAUGAAAAUGUUGUUGAGGGUUGGGGUAACGAUGACGAAUUGGGAAUGGACGAAGACGAGAUGGAGGAUGCAAAAAGUGGUAACGAAGGUGAUGAGACAGCUGGAUGGGAAGUUGAGGAUGUUGAUCUACCACCGGAACUUGAAGUCAGUAAUACAACAUCUGAUGAGAAUUAUUAUGCAGCGCCAACGAAAGGUGUACCAUCAACUCAACAUUGGAUUAAUAAUUCCAAAUUACCAGUUGAUCAUGUUUUGGCAGGAUCAUUUAAAACUGCCUCCACACUUUUAUAUGAACAAGUUGGAGUUAUUAAUUUCCAGCCAUAUCAAUCGUUAUUUAUGAAUACAUUUGCACGAUCACGUACUUCAUAUUCAUUGUUACCGAGUAUUCCAUCGUUGUACAAUCAUCCAUUGAGAAAUUGGAAAGAAGCAACGAUUAAAACGGGAUUACCAGCAAUUGGUUUACGUCUCACUGAUCUUGUUCAACGACUUCAGGCAUGCUAUCAAUUGACAACUAGUGGAAAAUUCGUUGAAGCUACGGAAAAAUUACAAGUUAUUCUUCUUAGUGUUCCAUUUUUGGUUGUUGAUACAAGGCAAGAUAUUGCUGAGGCACAGCAGCUUAUUCAAAUUUGUCGGGAAUAUAUUCUUGGUCUAAAAAUGGAAUCGGAGAGAAAAAAUCUACCUAAAGCAUCAUUGGCCGAACAAAAGAGAAUUUGUGAAAUGGCUGCAUAUUUUACGCAUUGUAAUUUACAACCAGUGCAUCAAAUUUUAACACUUCGCACAGCUGUAAAUAUGUUUUUCAAAUUGAAAAAUUAUAAGACGGCCGCAUCCUUUGCCAGAAGACUUCUUGAAUUGGGACCGAGGGCAGAAGUUGCUCAACAAGUUCGAAAAAUAUUGCAGGCAUGCGAUAAAAAUCCAAUUGAUGAACAUAAUUUGGCUUAUGAUGAACACAAUCCAUUCACUUUAUGCGCCGGUACAUAUACGCCAAUUUAUCAAGGAAGUCCUGAGACAAAAUGUCCUCUUUGUGGAGCAACCUAUCAACCCCAAUUCAAUGGUUCAUUAUGUAAAGUUUGUGAGGUCUCUCAAGUCGGUAAACAAUGUAGCGGUCUCAAGAUAAGUGUUUUACAAUUCCGAUAAAAAAAAAAUUUCUAUUUUUACUACAAUAUUACUUAUAAUUGCAUUUAUUAUUAUCAUUUAUUAGAAAGAUUUGUAUAGCAUGAUAUUAAGAAAUCUGGUGAAUUUUAAAUUCUAAUAUUACAUUAGAAGAAAACUUGUUUGCAGAAUUUCAAAAAGAAUUAUAUAUAUAUAAAAGGAAA